UCUGUUGCUGGCCAGAUAGCUCGAGAGUCAAAGACACUUCUCCACCAUUCUGGUUCGAAGCCCUUUUCGUAUAGGCUUGAGGAACGACGUCAGGAGGGUUCUAAGUUCCCAGCGAUCGACAUGUUCAAGGACGUUUACGUUCGACCUGGUAAUGAAAUCGCUGGGCAGUUUUAUGUAAGUAUAUGUAAUUAUUAUUAUUCUUAUAUGUAUGAAUCGUUCAAAUAUUAUUUAUAUUUUGUUAUUAAACAUUAUAUGUUUUUUCUUUAUUAUUACAGGAUACUAUGGUGGAAAAGAGCACUGCUGUUCUCCAAGAAGCAGCAUCGCAGCUUCCCCCGGAGACUUCGAUCGAGGAUGUCAUGGUACCAGAGGAUGUAGGUUUUCAGAUCAUGACUGAAGUCCUGGAUGAGAACCUUGGUCGUCGUCAUGGCCAGGUUGUUCGGGGUAUGGGGAAAUCACGGGUUCGUGAGACGGGUGCCUCUUCUUCCAGAUUGAACACAUCAUUGAUGGAUGAAGUGACAACCUUAAGGGGUAAGCUUGCGAUCCAGGAAGAGCAGAUGAGGGUCCAAGGCGAGCAGAUGAAGGAGCAGAUGAGGGCCCAGGGCGAGCAGAUGAGGGCCCAGGGCGAGCAGAUGGAAGCGCAGCUGAGGGUCCAGAGCGAGGAGGUGAGGACCUAUGCUGCAACGGUGAGAGACCUUGUACGAGCCAUACAGACUGCCGGCCUACAAGUCUCGCUACCAGCACCUCAUCUUGAUCCACCUUCGAUCUCAGAGCCACCUCACCCUCCCGAUACUCAGUAGCUUGAUGUUUUAAACCUAGUUCACUUGUACUUUUUUCUUUUUUGUUUGGACAUCU